GUGCGUCAGGAAGUAUAUAAACAAUGGAUGUAAACAGUUGAAUUCAUACUUUGAAAAUUAGUUGAACCUCAAAAAUGAAGCUACUCGUUGUUUUCGCAGUUUGCCUUUUCGGUUGUGUUGCUGCUACUGGCAAUGAAAUAGAUUGGGCUGAGGUGAAGCCUCGAGACGUGGAACCGCAAGUGCCCUUCCAUCCACGAUCUUCGCUAAAUGGAGUUGAAGGACGCAUAACUAACGGUCAAGUGGCUGUUCCGAAGCAAUUUCCCUACCAAGCUGGCUUAAGAUUGUACACUCCUCUUGGUGCUUCCUGGUGUGGAGGCAGUGUGAUUUCCGAUCGUUGGAUUUUGACCGCUGCCCAUUGCACUGUUAAUUUGACCACUGGUGUUGAUGUAUAUUUAGGUGCCUGGGAUCGCACCGAUGCUACCGAACCGAAUCAACAUAUCAUAUUCGUUGCUACUAAGAACGUUAUCCUUCACGAGGACUAUGAUGGCGAUGCAAUUGUUAACGAUAUUUCACUCAUCAAACUGCCUUUUGCUGUAGAGUUUAACGAUUAUAUUCAACCAAUUGCUUUACCCAAAAAAGCUGCUUCAUACGAUACCUAUGUUGGCAAACAAGUGAUUGCCUCUGGCUGGGGCAGAAUAAGCGAUGAUGCUAAGACGGUUACUGACAAACUGCGCUGGAUUGAGGUGCCGGUUUUGGCUAACACAGCUUGCAACAGAUACUUCCUUGGCUCGGUUAAGCAAUCAAAUAUUUGCAUUAAGACUACUGGCGGCAUUUCAACUUGCAACGGUGAUUCCGGUGGCCCGUUGGUGUACAAUGAUGGUGAGGACACUGUUUUGGUUGGUGCCACAUCCUUCGGUAUUUUAUUUGGCUGUCAAAUCGGUUGGCCAGGUGUAUUCACCCGCAUUACCUCUUACUUGGAUUGGAUCGAACAACAUACUGGUGUUGUAAAUAACUAAAAUAUGUAAAAGAAUA